AUGGAAAAACGCAACAAUCACAGAAACUCGGAGCCAUCAGAAUCCCAGGCCAGAUGGAUCAUCCGAAUCCGACGUCUGCCUCGCAACUUCAACGAAGAUGCGCUCAGAAGCUUGCUCCUCUUCGCGACUGACCUCGAAGAAACAAAGUUCGUACAAGCAUCCGAUCUUACCAGCUUGGAUGAGUCUGGCUUCAACACUGCUCUAGCCAUCUUCAACUCCGAAGCCGGUGCCAAUGAAGCAAAGAGACACUUGCAUGGGAAAUCCUUGGACAAGGGAAUGACAAGCAUGAUUGUCGAAUCCGUACCCAACUCUCAGUCUGCAUACAACGGCUCGAGACGCAACACUGUUGACGGAACGGCAUUGCGACAGCAGAACAACACCUCUGGUGCCUCCAACGGCACCAAUUUCUCCGAAAACCCCUUGAGCCGUCAAUCUUCUCGCUUCACCAGCAGCUUCCAACAGAGCACCGGUCCACAGACUCAACAAGCCAUGAACUCGCAGAAGAUUAAUUCUCCUAUGCAAUCGCCCAUGGCUACCAAUGCCCAUGCUUACGAUUUUCCCGCUCCUGACAGCAGCAACCGUCUUCAAGGCCUCUUCUCUCCUCAGUCUCCGGUCGCCAACGCUUACUCUGAUCUGACGCGCAUCUCCGGGAAGUCGCUCAUCAACGACGGAAACGAUGAUGACGAGACUGGCGAGCUCCUCAAAGACCCUGUUGGCUAUGCCCAGAACGGCCGCAAGCCAUCGACUUACAGCAGUUUUGCUCCUCAGUUCGGUAACCUCUCUCUCGACACCAACACAAGUCCUACGAAUGGAAAUGGCUCUUACUCUCAAUAUGUGGCAUCUCCUUCGAGUUCCAAUUACGUUUCGCCACAAACAGUGCGCUCGCCCCCUUUGCAGACUCCCUCUAGAGGUUCGACCGUAGGACCAAAUGGAAACUAUGCGAGCAGGAAUUUGAACUUGAAGCAUGACUAUCCUCCUGCUAACCCUGCUGACCAAAAUCCUCCUUGCAACACUCUGUACGUUGGAAAUCUACCCGUCAACACCAGCGAGGACGAGUUGAAGUCUCUGUUCUCCAAAAGCAGAGGGUUCAAGCGCCUGUGCUUCCGUACAAAGCAAAACGGUCCCAUGUGUUUCGUCGAGUACGAGGACAUUACUUAUGCCUCGCAUGCACUUCACGAGCUGUAUGGCGUGCAGCUGCACAACAGCUACAAGGGAGGUAUUCGUGUCAGCUUCUCGAAAAACCCUUUGGGUGUCAGAAGCGACACCAGAAACCACCCCGCGAUGAGCCCUCAUGCCGGCCAAUCUGGAUAUGGCAACGGUAUGGGCGCUCCUCCUGGCUUCAGUACUGCAGCAGGACCUCCUCCUGGACUCAUGCCCCCGGGCGUCCAUGGUCAGCAAACUCAUGCACCCCAACCGAUGCAAAACAAUGCCGGUCGAGGAUAUCCCCCUCAGUACAGGGGUAUAAGCCCUCAGAGCCAUCUUCAACAGGGCACAAACGGCUACCAUCAGUCUCCUCGUAAUCUCUCUUCUGGCCAGUACGCAUACCAACAACAAGGUUUUAGCAGUAUGAAUGGCUUCAUUGCUAAUUCCGUCGACAAUAACUUCUAUUCCAAUGGCAACAAUCAGAACGGCAUCAACGGACAUAAUGGCAGAUGA